UCAACUGUUACAAUGAGAAGAGAAGCAAGCAAAUGUCUUGCUUUCAACGUGGCCAAUGACCUUUCAUCUUUGCCGCACAGCGCCGCAAAGGGAUAUGGUACCCUUGUUGUUCUUUUCGGUCCUUGUGGCUCAAGCUUGGUCGGUGAGGCCCCAACAACUCCCGGUACCCAAAAACAUAUUCAUCUUAGCCGGACAGAGCAAUAUGGCCGGACGUGGAGGCGUGGUUAACGAUACAAUCACCGGCGUCGCCACCUGGGACGGCAUAAUCCCUCCACAGUGCCAACCCAACCCUUCCGUUCUCCGGCUCAGCGCAAACCUCACAUGGGUUUUAGCCCACGAGCCUCUACACGCAGACAUUGAUGUCAACAAGACCAACGGGGUUGGACCCGGCAUGGCUUUUGCUAACGUCUUGGCCAAAGACCCGACCUUUGGUGCCAUUGGUCUGGUCCCCUGUGCAAUCGGAGGGACCAAGAUAAGUGAGUGGGCCAGAGGAACAUUCCUUUACAACCAGUUGGUGCAGAGGGCUCGGGCUUCGUUGAUAGAUGGCCGUGGCAGUACGAUUCAAGCGCUUCUUUGGUAUCAAGGGGAGAGCGACACAAUUGGUAAAGAAGAUGCAGAGUCAUAUAAGGGAAAGUUGGAGAGGUUUUUCAUGGACCUCCGAGAUGAUUUGCAGUCUCCCCUGCUCCCAAUAAUCCAGGUGGGUCUGGCGUCGGGAGCUGGACCUUUCAUAAAGAUUGUUAGAGAAGAACAGAUGGGUAUUGACCUCUUGAACCUGCGAACAGUAGACGCCAAGGGUCUGGCUCUUGAGCCGGAUGGUCUGCACCUAACCUCGCCAUCCCAAGUUCGACUAGGCCAGAUGUUGGCCGAUACAUUCCUUCAGUUCUUGCCCAGUGGCCCCAUUGUCAGCCUCACUUACAGUGGCAGUUCUGCAAGGUGUUCUACUUUUAUUGUUGACUUCUUCAUAGCUCCAUUGUUAAGAUGUAUCAACAGGAUCAUCCUGCUAAAUUAAUAAGCAUGUCUAGCAAAAGAAAUUGUACGAGUCAUAUGAGGGGUCGAGUUUUUCUGUCUUGUUAGUUUCAUGCCCAAAAAAUCAAACUUCAAACAGUCUUACAAACGUUUUACAUCAAAAAAAUUGUUUUGUUUCAUG